AUAUGUAACAAGCCGAGCUGUGUGCUGAGAUAUAUUCUUCAGAAACCUACAAUUUAUACUAUCAUUUGUCCAACUCAACACCAUCGGGCCUCUGCCAAUACUACAUGUAUGUGCUGGAGCGGCAUUACUAUCGAUCGCUCGUCUACCAACCAACGGGCGCGAGCUCCACGAACGAUCAGCCAAUCACAAGCUCUAGCGUAGUUUGCCGAUCCGACUUAUUAAAAGGAUACAUUAGUUGAAUUGCAGGCGCCGAGAUAAGAGCAAAUGUUUUACUCCCGAGGGAGCCAGUCUCACAUAUAAACUGGUAGGGACGUGACUUAGUAACGGGAUCAUUUCAACAUGACCUUGUUUACCUAUUACACCUGAACGUGCUAAUGAUGCAGACGUCGCCCAAUGGGACCACCGCGCCUACCCCGGUGAUAACAAGUUUUGGACUGAAAAAUAUAUCAUUGCUUAAUUUCUGUAGUAACAUACUGGUGAUCAGUGGGAUUUAACAAGGAGACAACAAGUGUUUCACGGAAUCAGACACAUCUGACAAGGUGAGAAGUAAAACAGCAAAAUUGUUUUUACCUUUCAGAACAAUGCAUCACCUUCAAUUUAUAUACCAUUAAUAGAAUCUCUUUAUUCGGACCAAAUUCAUCACCCUUCGACAUUCGAUUUUUAUUAAGAAUAUUUUAAAGAAUUAAAACAUCACGAUGUCGCAUUCCAAUGUAACCUCUCAACGCUUGGAUGAGAUUGCGGGAUUUAUAAACGACAGUGUUUGUAAUGUAAGUGUGUGGACUAACUGUUCUAAUGGUACAGAAGACUAUGAUCUCAUUGUCCCUGUACCCCAGAUCGUCGUCCCUAUCCUCUUCGUCAUUCUCAUGUUAACCGGUGUCGUUGGUAACGGUACACUCAUAUUUACUGUCCUACGGAACAAGUCCAUGCGGAAUGUUCCAAACAUUCUUAUUGUUAAUCUAUCGGCUGGGGACUUGUUACUGUUGGUGAUGUCAGCGCCUUUUUCGGCGACGGUCUUCACUCUGGAGUCGUACCCUUUUGGUGAGUUGAUAUGUAAGAUGAACGAAUACCUUCAGACCUUGUCGGCCGGGGUAUCGGUCCUAACUCUCACUGCCCUAAGCGGUGACCGAUACGUCGCCAUCGUGUAUCCGAUGAGCAAGCACAAGGGCAAACCAACUUUAAAGACGUCAAUCGCUGUGGCAUUCAUAUGGAUCAUUUCCGCCAUUUUCGCUAUUCCGGAUGCCAUCAGUUUUAAUAUCCAGAUCCACGCGGGAGUGUACUACUGUCAGCCAUUCCCCGUCAGAUGGCAGGAGUGGUACGGGAACACUCACUGUCUGUUCCGCUUCUUAACCCUCUUCCUGAUCCCUCUCAUUAUUAUCGGAACUUUCUACUUUUUAAUGGCGCGAAUCCUAGUCAAAAGCAGUCGUCAGAUGCCGUGUGAGGCCACCAAAGGACCGGGACAGAGUCAACAACAGCAGCGCCAGAUCGAGGCUCGAAUGAAGGUGGCGCGUGUAGUAUUAUCGUUUGUACUGCUGUUUGUGGUGUGCUGGCUUCCUCGCCACAUCUAUCUCAUCUGGUUCUAUUGGGGCACAUCCGAUUUCAGCGAAUUUUGGGUGUGGUUCAAACUUUUGGGAUUUUGUCUCACCUAUGUCUACUCGUGUGUCAAUCCGUACGCACUUUACUUCCUGAGCAGUCAGUUCCGGAAGUACUAUAACCGCUAUCUAUUCCGCUGCUGUCCCAAGUCAUAUCGGCUUCGUGACUCGAAUGGAUCCGGACUACAAAGCUACAGUACUGUCCGGAGAGGCAGCACCUCCCUCACCAUGGUCAAGUCCAACUCAGAAAUGUGACUUUGUAUGUGUUCCUACCGCCGGAAGUAGCCCGUUACGUGACGUUGGCCCAUGUCAUUGGGACAUAGAAUGUUAUUGCCGGCUAAAAGCAUGACAUACCGCUGGAAGUUUAUCGGACAAAAUUAUAUAUAUAACAAAAAUGACAAACUAUAAUGUUGUUUAUAAACCUCAUCAAGCGAAAUUCACCUCUUACGUCACGCCCGAGGACCAGGAUGCAGUAGCCGAAACUGCAAACUAUAUGAUCUAUUGCUACACUUAUUAUCAGUGGUCUAAAACCACGUGAUUGUAUCAUUAUUAUUGUCAUCAGCGGUCCAGAACCACGUGAUUGUAUUAUUAUUAUUGUCAUCAGCGGUCCAGAACAACGUGAUUGUAUUAUCAUUAUUGUCAUCAGUGGUCCAGAACCACGUGAUUGUAUUAUCGUCAUCAGUGGUCCAGAACCACGUGAUAGUAUUAUCGCCAUCAGUGGUCCAGAACCACGUGAUUGUAUUAUCGUCAUCAGUGGUCACGAACCACGUGAUUGUAUUAUCGCCAUCAGUGGUCCAGAACCACGUGAUUGUAUUAUCGUCAUCAGUGGCCCAGAACCACGUGAUUGUAUUAUCGUCAUCAGUGGUCCAGAACCACGUGAUAGUAUUAUCGUCAUCAGUGGUCCAGAACCACGUGAUAGUAUUAUCGCCAUCAGUGGUCCAGAACCACGUGAUUGUAUUAUCGUCAUCAGUGGUCACGAACCACGUGAUUGUAUUAUCGUCAUCAGUGGUCCAGAACCACGUGAUACAGAACCACGUGAUAGUAUUAUCGUCAUCAGUGGUCCAGAACCACGUGAUAGUAUUAUCGUCAUCAGUGGUCCAGAACCACGUGAUUGUAUUAUCGUCAUCAGUGGUCCAGAACCACAGCGUGUUGCCUCGGACCAGGCUAUUAUUCCAGAGCAAUGUGCAAAAUUCGUCCAGGAAUUACUACUGUACAGUUAUUAGUUAUACUUUUGUUGGAAACCCAAACUAAUUUGUUGAUUAUUGUUGUAAUAGAUCAGGACCAAUAGGAGUGUUGAGUACAGUCGUGGUGCUGCGUGAUUGUUGACCAACAUGGAUUUAAGAUAUGUGACAACGCCUUGUCCGUACAGUCAAUAUUCAUAUGGACGAUUCACUCGUGAAAUGACCACCAGACUGUUACAACAUAUGCUGACGUCACAGAAAGUACCAAUUAUGGUCAGAUACCAACGUCGUGUUUGAGAACAUGAGAUAACAGUCGUACUUUUUAACUAGAUUUGUGAAUUUUCACACGGAUUCGUUCGGAGAGCUCCUCGAUCAUGGUAUGGUCACUGCAGGGUCUGUCACCGAGAAAACAUCCAACUGUCCGUCCUAUGGACGUACGUCUGGGUCUUCACCGAGAAAACAUCCAACUGUCCGUCCUGUGGACGUACGUCUGGGUCCCUCUUUAGUACAGUGAGUGUUAAACUAAUGACAUUAAGAUGUUCAAUGUUCCAUUUUGUUAAGAAAAAAAGAAGCAAAAAUCAAUAUGGCGAUUUGGGUUCCUUAACCGGGUAUUGGGCACGGUCGGGAGGUGAUAGGGGCCCGGAUCCGGGGGUGGGGCGCGGUAGGGAGAUGAUGGGAGCUCGGAUCCGGGGGUGGGGCGCGGUAGGGAGAUGAAUAUGGCUCUGAUCCGGGGGUGGGGCGCGGUAGGGAGAUGAUUAUGGCUCUGAUCCGGGGCUGGGGCGCGGUAGGGAGAUGAUUAUGGCUCUGAUCCGGGGGUGGGGCACGGUAGGGAGAUGAUUAUGGCUCUAAUCCGGGGAUGGGGCACGGUCGAGAGGUGAUGGGAGUUUUGAUCCCGGGAUUGAGUGUGGUUGGGAGGUAAUGGGGAUAUGACCGGGGUUGAACGAGGUGGUAAGAGAAUUCUUUAAAAUAGUACAUAAUAAUGAUUUCUCUUUCUCAUUUCUCGUUGGAAGUCCAGUGACAAGUCCCCUUUGCCAGGUGUCCGCCACUCUGUUCAGACACGACAAGGGCAGCUAAUUGAAAUUUAGUUAGUGUCUUUUAAUUAACUUCCCCAUUUGAUACAAUUUUGAGUACAAAACAUUUUUGGUGUCAGGAUCACAUUCAAUUUGUUUUUAUCUACAUCAUAAACACAAGUUUAAAUACUUAAUUAUUACAGACAAAUCAGAAGUAAAUUCAUGGUUAUCCCUUCAAAUUCCUUUUCAUAAAGCUAUCGUAGAUACGCGCUGAUAAGUUCGUAUAUGUAUCCAUAUCUUAAAUAAUACUAACACACUUUAAGUGAGGAACUAUUCAACUGAGGUAAGUGAAAUAGGUUUUUCUUCAGACUAUUAAACUGAAUUAAUGAAACGAAAAAAAAGUUGGGCUUACACAAUUUUAAAUGAUAUUCGAGGAGAUAUGUAUGACAGCAGAAAACAAGAUAAUGAACUCUAUAUAUAAUAGAAAACUUAGUGUCGACUAUCCUGGUAUUCCCGUAUGUCUGGGUUUAUGUCCUGAUUUACAGGUAUUCUCAGACAUCACAUCAUCAUUAAAAAUCCCGCUAUUUCAUAGCUCUGUUCUGUAUAAUCACUCCCAAAAGAAAUUGUUGUUUUUUUGCCUUCGGCCGAUAGAGGUAGAUGUAAUGUAACAUCUGUUUAAACAAUAGUCCAGAACAGCUUUCAAGGGUAUUGUAUUUUGGGGCAUUUUGUUAUUAAUGUCCACUGUCUUUGGGAAACUUAAAGGGUAUUGUCGGGUGUUAUAUUUUGGUUAUUUUGUUAUCAAUGUCCACUGCCUAUGGGAAACUUAAAGGGUAUUACAUUUGGGGCAUUUUGUUAUCAAUGUCCACUGCCUAUGGGAAACUUAAAGGGUAUUAUCGGGUGUUAUAUUUUGGCCAUUUUGUUUUUAAUGUCCACUGCCUAUGGGAAACUUAAAGGGUAUUAUCGGGUGUUAUAUUUUGGUCAUUUUGUUUUUAAUGUCCACUGCCUAUGGGAAACUUAAAGGGUAUUAUCGGGUGUUAUAUUUUGGUCAUUUUGUUUUUAAUGUCCACUGCCUAUGGGAAACUUAAAGGGUAUUACAUUUGGGGCAUUUUGCUUUUAAUGUCCACUGUCUAUGGGAAACUUAAAGGGUAUUGUCGGGUGUUAUAUUUUGGUUAUUUUGUUAUCAAUGUCCACUGCCCCUAUGGGAAACUUAAAGGGUAUUAUAUUUUUGGCCAUUUUGUUUUUAAUGUCCAUUGUCAAUGUUAAUAUAAUAGAUAUCAUUUAAGACCUUUUGUACCCCUGUCUAUGGGACAUGACAUGUGUCAGUCUGACCAGUCUGACCAGGAAGGAUGUUUUCUCGGGCGGCCUACAAUAUACAUGUUAUGUGUUGUACUGUCACGUAGAUAAGGGUUGUUACAUGUGUAUACAGACAAUGGUCUAAAUAAAAUAUCGUUACCGUGCAUGGUUUCCAUUUCUCAUUA